UCACUACCCUCUCUUAUCUCAAAGUUCCGUGUUAACAGUCAGGCAUUUCAUUGUUUGAUUUGUAGUCAACAUUAUCAUUCAGGACUCUUCUGGCCCGCCGCUCUACGAUCUUUGCAGUCAUGUCUGAUCGAGGCUCUUUUGAUACCAACGUGGUGACUUUAACCCGGUUUGUGCUGGAGGAAGGGAGGAAAGCGAAGGGGACAGGGGAGCUCACUACCCUGCUCAACUCGAUGUGCACGGCCGUCAAAGCCAUCUCCACCGCGGUGAGGAAAGCUGGCAUCGCCAACCUGUAUGGCAUAGCGGGCAGCACCAAUGUGACGGGGGACCAGGUGAAGAAGCUGGACAUCCUGUCUAACAACCUGGUUAUCAACAUGAUCAAAUCCUCCUUCACAUCUUGUGUCCUGGUGUCAGAGGAGGAUGACACAGCCAUCAUAGUAGAACCAGACAGACAGGGUAAAUACGUGGUGUGUUUUGACCCUCUGGAUGGUUCCUCCAACAUCGACUGCUUGGCUUCCAUCGGCACCAUCUUUGCUGUCUUUAGAAAGACGACAGAGGACGACCCGUGUGAGAACGACGCGCUGCAGCCCGGUAGGAACAUCGUUGCGGCUGGAUACGCCCUCUAUGGCAGCGCCACCAUGAUGGUACUGUCCACUGGGCAGGGGGUCAACUGCUUCAUGUUGGACCCGGCCAUAGGUGAGUUCAUUCUGGUGGACAGAGAUCUAAAGAUCAAACCGAAAGGGAAUAUCUACAGUCUAAAUGAAGGAUACGCCAAAUACUUUGACCCCGCUGUCACGGAGUACCUGCAAAAGAAGAAGUUCCCAGAGGAUGGCAGUGCCCCGUACGGUGCCCGCUAUGUGGGUUCUAUGGUAGCAGACGUCCACAGGACCCUGGUCUACGGAGGAAUCUUCCUCUACCCUGCUAACGUCAAGAGCCCAGAGGGAAAGCUGCGUCUGCUGUAUGAGUGCAACCCCAUGGCGUUCAUCAUCGAGCAGGCAGGCGGUAUGGCAACCACAGGAAGUCAGAACGUCCUGGACAUUCAGCCAAUCAACAUCCACCAGAGAGUUCCCGUGGUGCUGGGGUCACCUAGUGACGUCCAGGAGUACCUGGAUAUAUACCAAAAACACCAGGCCAACAAUGGUAACUAGGGACCGCACACACCAGGUCAACAAUGGUAACUAGGGACCGCACACACCAGGUCAACAAUGGUAACUAGGGACCGCACACACCAGGUCAACAAUGGUAACUAGGGACCGCACACACCAGGCCAACAAUGGUAACUAGGGACCGCACACACCAGGCCAACAAUGGUAACUAGCGACCGCACACACCAGGCCAACAAUGGUAACUAGCGACCGCACACACCAGGCCAACAAUGGUAACUAGCGACCGCACACACCAGGCCAACAAUGGUAACUAGGGUCCUAGUAACUAGGGACCAAGCAGGUACACACUCCCUAUGUAUAGACCCAUUAUAAACCAAGAGACCAAAGAUCCUCUAUCACUUAUAAGACUCAACGGGAUCAGCAUGCUGUUGACCAAGUGACCAACGAUACACCAACAACCACUAGACUAGACCAAAGAUACACCCUCAUGCCUCACCACCCAGACCAAAGAAUAAGUAAACCAAGAUAGCCACCAACUACUUCCCAUCCUGGACCAGGAACUGAAGGGGAAGAGACCAGUUUCCCCUUAUUCCUUCAUUGUCAUUUAUUUUCAAGGAAUUUGCAGUACCUUCUCAGACCACUAUGGGGAACCAGUGUGUGAAAUAUGUAUCAGUACUACUAAAUGUCAGACAGACCUAAUGUUACCUCUAUGCAGUAUAUAAGAUAUGUGCCUUGACACAGAUAUUGUUUGGGAUGAUGAAGCAUGUGAAUAAUAAACCUUGGUGGUGCUGUAUCAAACA